AUGUAUCAAAGUUUAGCGCCCCCAUUUCAUAUCAAAGGUAAAGGUGCAAAGCACGGGGCCUUCGAAAGCGCGGGGCCUGGUGCCGGGGCACACCUCCCCCCCUUAAGCCGGCUAUGGAUGAAUAGAUACGUCAACAAACAAAAUUGUCGGAUUUGGGACGAUACCAAUCCACACGAGAUACACCAAAACAAAAUGCAUCCCCAGAAAGUCACUGGUUGGUGCGGAUUUUGGUCUGGCGGAAUCAUUGGUCCGUACUUCUUUCAAAACGAAGCAAGCAUUGCCAUAACCGUCAACGGAGAUGAACAAGAUUUAUGCGACAAAGUGAUAGGAAAUUGGACCUCCCGUAUACAUGCUACCAAGCAAAGCCGUGGUGGACAUUUGAACGAUGUUAUAUUCCGUACAUAA